ACCAUGGCUCUUCAAUUCCAACAUGUAGACCCCAAUUUCUACAAGCUGGAUGAAAAUGAGAUCGAGGUGAUCCUUGAGGCUGAACAAGAGGCUGCUCCAGCAGCAGAAAAUGGCAACAUUGAAGGUUCUCUAAAUGGUCCAGAAAAACUAAAGAACCAGGGCAUCGCAGACCAUAAGGAUGAUGUGAUCCACUACAUUGGUGAUGACAUCAAAGAUGAGAGCCAUGGGAGCCACCAAGGGUCUGGACAUCCACAGUUGGAGAAGCAGGAGAACUUGGCUGCUGCCAGGGUUCCACAGUUCCGCCGCACAAGGCCACGGAUCCAGUUGGGUCUCACACCCAGACAGCUGAGUGAACUAGAAGAAGUUUUUGAACAAACUAAGUACCCUGAUGAGACCACAAGGAGGGCCCUUGCAAAGCGCUUGUUCCUGGGAGAAUCCAGAGUGCGGAGGUGGUUUAAGAGAAGAAGAGCCAAGUACAGGAAAACUCAGCAGUCUCAAAUGCUGAAGUGUGAAUCUGCUGAGAGGCCAAACACCUUGCAGUAAAGCUUUUGGAGGAAUCCUGAAGCA